GAAGAGUAGUAUGGCACUGUGACCCGUCACUACCUUUUGCUCGUUGCAUGAGACUUUCAGAAAUAAGUGACCGGACUGAUUGCUCAUGAGUUUCCUUCAGUGCUUUGCACGUACAUAUAUAAACACUUUAUUCCCAUGAUGUUUUCACUAUUUUCUUUCUUUAAAUAAGAUAUUCUUCUUGCUCAUGCUCUCAAACUUCAAUUCCUAACCUCCUCUCGCCAACCCCGAACGAUACGUCUACGUACCUCAAAUCCCAAAGUAACUAUGUCGAACACUAGUAAAAGCUCCUGCAUCGCUGUGCAAGGCUCUAUAACCUCCGACCCAAGUACUACCUCGCAUAGCCCUUCGAACGCUACGUCCUCCACUGAAACUGAGCACCUCUCUACACAUCGUGUUCAACGCUAUCUUGCCAAUAACGACUCCCCCGUGCCAUACAUCUUGCCUACUGUCCCUGUCGACGGCAAUCUCGACAGAAGUUCGACUGCUGUGCAUGCAAUGAGCGGGAAGUUGCAGCAGUUCGAUGCAAUAUUCUAUCGUAAAUGA